CUUCGCGUCGACACCUUCAGUCGCCAUUACACUCGUGCCAGAGUAAGGUCGUGCUAGUCGUCUUGUCGUUUCUUCUGCGUCGUACAGCAACUCCUUCAUGCGUUUACCCAGUAACAACCCCAGCGGGAGUCAGUCCAGUGGUGGCUUUGGUAGUGCCAGGAUGAAUUCCAACGCUGAGCCAGACUUUUCUGAAUUUAUGUGGAUGGCCGAGGAGGACCUGGAGGCCUUCGACAACAAGGUGAUCUCAGAGGUCGCCCAGGUGAUGAUGCAACACAGUGCUGCCAACAAUCUCAGGGACGAAGAAGAAGAGUUCCUGCGACAAAUGCUGGAAGAGGAGGAAAGGCGCGACACUGUGUACUAUGAUCAGUAUAUUGAGCAGAAAUCAAGAAAUAAUACGACCUCUGACUUGACUGGCAGUAUGCAGAAGAUGGGCAUGAAAGAGGAUGUUGUUGCUAAUAGCAACUUAAAUCCAUAUGCUGCGGAGUUUGUCCCUGGACAAGCUGUCACUAGUCCAGCGAAUGCACCCAGUCUUGUUCAUAAAAAAAAUACAGAGAAGAGUUCUUAGAAAUUGGAAGAUCUUUCCUCUUUGGUCUUGAAAACUCGGCAGCAGAUAGCUUAUGAUAUUAUUUUCGAAAAUAUUAUUCAGUGUACAGGAGAUUUAUACAAAUUGUAUCUGUGCUAAAGAAGAAAAACUGUUUUAAUUAUAGUUAAAUUUUUUUCUUUAUCUUUUCAGUCUUUCUUCUUUUUUUUAAAAGGCUAACAUUGAAUAAAAGUUUUUAAAAAAAUAUCAGUAAUAUAUGAAUGAUUUUCAAAUAAAUCCUCAGGAUUUGAUUUUCUUCUACAGAAGAACCUCUUUAAAAUACUAGUGACUGAAUAUCCUGUAAUCAGAAGAGGAGAGUAAGGAUUGGAAGCAUACUUUCUGUGUAUGGUAGGAAAUGUAAAGAAUUUUUUUUUUUCUGAUAGAGAUGUGUUUUGCAAUUGUGCUUGGUCUUGUUUUGCUCUCUGCUAAUGGAACGUGUGUACAUGUCCAUGUUGUAGAAUCAAAGUAAUUACAUUUAUAUUGAUAUGAUAAUGCAAAAUCCCAGGUAGUGUUACUUCCUUGAGUAUGGUCUGUUAUGUGUUUUUUUUGUCUGUAUUUUCUUGGUAUUUAUUUUUAUGUAUGUGUGUGUUCAGACUGGAAUUAUAAAUACUGGGAUAUUAAGGAAUAAUUUUGCCAACUUACAUGACAUACUUAGGAAUCUCAGUUUAAAUUGAUCAUUAUUUUCCAAAUUAAAAUUAUUGCUGUAAUCCAUUUUCCUCAAUUUAAGGAGAUAAAACUGAAUGAGAUAGAGAUAUUCACAGUAAAAGUAUAAACAUCAUGUAACACAUUCUAAUUCUGAUGCCUUUAACAUAAGGCUACAUCCUAUUUGAGAGUCAGUUGGUUUCAUAACUAUAUAGGGAACUCCAGUUGCUAGUCAAGAGUAUAUUUAGAUUAAGGAUGUUACAGGUAGAUGCACAAGUCCCAUAAUUGUUUACUGCAGGGAUUAAGAAAUUGAUUUUGAAGCAUGAAAGUUGAAAGCCAAGACUUCAAAAGGAUCAGGCUUUCAGCAUGUUCAUUGUUAGUUUCUGAUAAUAAUUGUGUGUAUUUGUAAUAUGGCAAGUGUUCGAACAACAAAUAAGCUGACAAUGAACAGUAUUGUUAGUGCAAGAUGUCGUUUUUCUUUUUUUUUUUUUCUUCUUCAGUCAUUUGGAAACUGAUUUGCUCAAAGUGGUUUACAUGUGAAGGUAUUAGCUGCUCUUCUCAACCUUCUCUUCAGUUCCCUUUGGUAAAAGACUUUUCCCUUUUUCUUUUCCCACAUUGCAGUCCUGAUGGGAUUUGCAGUAAGGGAUUUGAGAGUGGUGGAUUUAUUAAAGAAGAGAGAAUCCCAUGAGUAUUGUUGAUUACUUUUGUUGUAUUUUCCCUUCUGCGAUAGGGAACAACACUUCAAAAAUUGAGUGUUUUAAAGAGGUCAAACUGUAGUACAGUCCUUCCUCUCCAUUAUGGGUUGAUUUUCAAUAAAGCAUUGAUUUUUAUUAUUUAAUGAAAGAUAAAUAUAUAUUCGUUUUAAAGUAAGAGCAGCUUUUGUCGAAUUAUUAACAUAACUAACAUUUUGGGAAAUAAAAAAAGUAUUGUAAAUAUAACAUUAUAUACUCUUGUACAUUGGAUUGUUUGUAUAAUGAAACUUCCUUCACUAGGUUUAGGAGAGUUCUACUAUUUUGGUAUUAUGAAGUAAUCUCUUCAUAUUUUGGUGAUAUUCAGUGGUAUUUUGGAUGGUGUACAUAAGCCUGGGGUUAUUGGGUCUUCAUAAAUGUGAAUGUAUAAAAAUGGGAGAAAAAAAAAAAAUCCAGUGAAACAGUAACAUUGAGAAAAAUGUUUGUUGUAUGAAAAAAAAGGGUAAAAGUUCUUGUUGCACAUGUACUUGCCACUAUUUCUCACCAUGACAGCUGGUCACAAAGCAAACAUUUUUCAUCCAAUGUGUACUUUCAGUGGUGAAACACUAAUCCAGGAACUAUUGGAGUGGUGGUGUUAUUUUUUUAUUUGUUGUCAUUGUAUCAUAAUCUUUUCUUUUUUUUAUUAUCAUUUUAUCAUAGUGUUAAUUUUUAAAAAUUGUUUGUUAGGAUGUAUUCUUUUAUAUGUGUUUACAGUGUCACAUAACCUGUACAAGAAGAAUCAUUCACAGAAAGAGAGAAAAAAAAAAGAAAGAGUUGCAGUUAAGUAUCUGUUGUUGCAUAAAGUUUGUUCUGUAUCCCUCUUACCGUCCCUUAUAGAAUGCAAGUCCCGCCGAAAAAAAUAUAAAAAAAAAAGUGAUCUCAUACAUUUUCUUUUUGAAAUUGGUCAUCAAACCUUCCUUUUACUCAUGCGUGCGAGUGAAGGUCAGUUUUCACAUAUUUAAUCCUUUACCCGUAUUUUCUUUUUUUAAUUUUUAAUUGCAGCUCAUUGAGAGGCUUGAGUGAACAGGGAGACCUCAUUUUUUUUUUUUUUUUUUUUUUUUUUUUUUUUUUUUUAUCAUUCUUAUUCUUAUUUUUUGGUUUAGUAGCUUUGUAAAAGUAGUGUUUUUAAAUUGGUGUGGAUAUAGUGUUUUUUCUUCUCUGCAAAGGGUAAUGGUUUUUUUUUUUUUUAUAAAGAAACAUGUUUUUCAUGGUUUAUUACUAUUAUUAUUACUAUCAAUUUUUGUUUAGCAAUUAUUUCAUUUAUUUUUAAAAAAUUAGCUUUUAAGAAAUUUAUUUGCUUGUGAAAAUAUAUUGUUAUGCUUCUCUUGCCCUUUGUAUGAUAUACGAAUUGUAAUGCAGUCACGCAGAAAAAAAAAAAAAAUCAUAAUAUUAAUGAUAAUCAGAAAUUCUAUUCAGUCUGAUUGUUAGCUUUUACUAUAAAAUGACAAAAAAAAAAGAUAAAACCUAAAAAAAAAAAAAAAAAAAAAGUUUUAUUACCCCUUCUAUAGACCUUCCUGGUGAUGUACUUGUGCAUGCAUUAAAUCUUGUAUCUGCCGAGAAGUUACACUCCUCUUCUGUAGCUGAGAAGCUGAUUGCUAACAUAUAUAUAUAUAUAUAUAUAUAUAUAUAUAUAAUUUUUUAUUUUUAUUUUUUCCUUAACCCAUUGGAUCUUGAUGCUUUACAUGGCUCAAUCUUUGGGCUUUAGGCUCACUUGAGCGGACACUCUGCUGAGUGUGUGGCAUGUAAGCUGGGCACACACAAACACUCGUGUUCGUUGACAAGACACCUUGCCUCUCUUUGCAAUGCUUUUUCCUCUUUUUCUGCAUAAGUGUUUUCAACUUUUCUGUCAUUUUCCAAUGUCUGUACUAGUCAUCUGAUUUGCCUUAUCCAGAUGGUAAUACCGUUUUCCUUGAACAGACACCAUAUCUCUCUAGGUACUCCGUAACUCAGUGCAAUAAUAACAACAAUAAGAAACACUCUCAAGACUUCUCUUCUAUAACUUUUAACAAAUAAAAAAAAAAAGUUAUUUAUCAUUAUAAAUUGAUAACAUACAUGACACAUUUUCUUAGUAAGACAAAGCUUAGACUGGUGCCUUAUUUAAUAAUACAUCACCAAGAUUUUCAAUAAAUUGUUGGUUUAAGGUUCACUAAUGGCAUAUUGUAUCCACAUCAAUAUCUGUGGAUUUAACUGCUAGAAGCAUUUUGAUGUGCACACCAAAUGAAGAACCUGAAGAGCUCAUUUCAAUAACACAUGAUUGAUUGUGUCAUAUUGUUUACCUUAGGGGUUUGUCAUGUGCAAUACUGAAACUUGAUUUUGUGUUCUUUAAUGAUUCUGGUCACUGUAAUAUGAGGUCAGUUUACUCAAGCAAACUUACUCAUCAAGGAAUCAGUUAAUAGGCCUCCCCUAUCCCAUUUACUGGCUACAGUAGACUGAGUCACUGAUUGCACCACAUAGUAAUAUAGACAGUAUUGACAUCAAUUCGUCUGAUGUCACAAUACCACUAGCCAAUUUUUUACACAACAGUUAUGGUUUUCAUAUUGUUACCAUCAUUAUUAUAAACAAUAAUAAUGCCAAUAACAUAUAUAUGCAUAUAUUCAAGAAAACAAAGGAUCUGGUAAGACUACUAACUUGACUCUUUGGUUACAAAGUUCUUGUGGAGGCACCUAUGUAAACAAAAUGGAUGCAAUAAAAUCACAGUGGA